CGAGCAGCUCACUACCCUAGCUUAGCUUCUACUUAAAGAAACAGGAAGAAAGGAUCGUAUAAUAGAAAGCAACCUUCUACUACUUCUUUGUGAUUCUUCAACAAUGGCGUCCUCACCUCUUUGCCCCCUCCUCCUCCCACUGCUUCUUUCUUCCAUUCUCUUGCUGAAUCGCCCUGUCAAAUGUGAUAAUGAGGAUGAUAAUCUUCUUCGAGGCAUCAACAGCUAUCGAGCAUCCUUGAACUUGGCAGCUCUAUCAAAGAAUGACGACGCAGAGUGCCUUGCUGGUGAAAUAGCUGACCAAUUCAAGGGCCAACCCUGCACAAACACUACAGGGUCCAACACAGUACCAGGCACUGAACCGCAAUUCGCUGGCUACCCGAACCUUUUAGCUAAAUGCCAUUUGAAUGUCUCCAACACGCAGGAUGGGGUCAUAAUGCCUGCUUGUGUACCCAAACUGGAGCCAAGUCUGGUCCUCACUAACUUUACAGGGUCUCAGUACUCAGGUAAUCUCAAUGACACCAAGUACGUAGGAGCUGGGAUUGGCUCUGAAGAUAAUUGGAUUGUCGUUGUUCUGACCACAAACACAUCCACUGGAAGCUUUACCCCUUCCAACGCUGCCAGCGUAGUUUCCAGGAUUGGUUUGAUCUUCCAUUUGCUGUUUUUGCUGAUGGGUUAUAUCUUCCUGUUGUAAACUAAGACGAUGGCCAGACCCUUUGUUUUCUUGACAGUUUUUGGAGGAUUACUAAUCAAUGGGCCAUGUUAAAAACUUGCGACACAGGAGUUUUUCCACUUUUCCAACACAUAUAUAUCUUCAAAAAAAAAAAAAUGUUACGGAAUACAGAGCUGCUUUCAUGGUGAAAAUUUGGGUCCAUUCCUCAGUUCCUGCAUACAUUGAUCUGCCAAGUUGUACUUGAUAGUUGAAUGUUGGGUAGGCCUGUGAACGGAGCGGGUUGUGCAAGGAUAUGUCUUGUUAUCAUCAUUGUGACAUUGUUUUGUAGUUUUUUUUUUCAUUGUUGACGUUGUUUAGUUCUGCACUUGUGGGUUUUCUGCGAUGAGAAAUGGAAGCAAGAAUCUAGAACUAUUCCAUUCA